UUAACAAAACACGUCAAUACAGGGAAGACAAACCUAGCUAAUUCUCUCUCUCUCUCUCUCUUUCUCUCUCUCAAUACAGUUUGGGGAGACCUUGAUGUAGGAAAAUAUCUAUUGGAAUUUGAAGCUUUGAUGAAGCUGAAGAAGUAGAAGAGGUGGAGAGGGAGAGAGAAAGAGGGUAAAAAUAGAGAAAUUUUGGAAUUUGGUCGAUGGUCUCAUGGGUGCUUCGGGUUCGAAGCUCGAGAAAGCUCUCGGAGACCAAUUUCCCGAAGGCGAGCGCUACUUUGGCCUCGAGAAUUUUGGCAACACCUGUUACUGCAACAGCGUCUUGCAGGCACUUUACUUCUGUGUUCCAUUCCGUGAACAGUUACUAGAGUAUUAUGCAAAUAAUAAAAACCCAGGGGAUGCAGAGGAGAAUCUUCUUACUUGUUUGGCAGACUUAUUUACACAGAUAAGUUCACAGAAGAAGAAAACAGGUGUAAUUGCUCCAAAACGCUUUGUGCAGAGAUUGAAGAAACAAAAUGAGCUUUUUCGUGGCUACAUGCAUCAGGAUGCCCAUGAAUUUUUGAACUUCUUGUUAAAUGAGCUUGUUGACAUAUUGGAGAAGGAGUCCCAUGCAGCAAAAAGUAUUCCUGAAACUUCUCCACCUGAAAAGAUUGCAAAUGGACCAAACAAUCCUCAGGCGAAUGGUGUUAAGAAAGCACCAUUAGUUACUUGGGUUCACAAAAAUUUCCAGGGUAUUCUUACCAAUGAAACAAGGUGCUUACGGUGUGAGACGGUGACAGCAAGGGAUGAGACAUUCUUAGAUUUGAGCCUUGAUAUUGAACAGAAUAGUUCAGUAACGAGCUGCCUUAAAAAUUUCAGUUCCACUGAAACUCUGAAUGCUGAGGACAAAUUCUUCUGCGACAAGUGCUGCAGCAGUUUACAAGAAGCCCAGAAGAGGAUGAAAAUAAAGAAACCACCUCAGGUCCUGGUUAUUCAUCUGAAGCGUUUCAAGUACGUGGAACAGCUUGGUCGGAACAAGAAGUUGUCUUACCGUGUUGUGUUCCCUCUGGAGCUGAAACUGAGCAACACCAUGGAAGAUGCCGAUUCUGAAUACUCCUUAUUUGCUGUUGUCGUUCAUAUUGGGACUGGGCCAAACCACGGGCACUAUGUUAGCCUUGUGAAAAGCCAUGACCACUGGUUGUUCUUUGAUGACGAGAAUGUAGAGAUGAUUGAUGAGUCUGCCGUUCAAACUUUCUUCGGAUCUGCUCAGGAGUAUUCAAGUAACACAGAUCACGGGUACAUACUCUUUUACGAGAGCAUUGCUGCUAAUGACAGUAGUUAAAAAUACAUUUAAGGGUUUUUGUCCUAUUCUCUCCUUGUUUCUGUUUCUCUCUCUUUUGUGACAUUCGAGUAUCUCGGAAAUUAUGAAGGGUUUUCCAUGUACAGUUUCCUUUCUUUCAACAAUAAAGAGAGUGCAAACCGGGACGAUAAAGGGUUUCACAGAAAGUGUAUUUUCAAUUUUAUGACGAUCAGUAUACGUGUUAUAGAAAUGCAAUCAGUGUGUUUAGUUUGAGUUUU